AUGUCCAGCAACAUUGGCCACGAUGCCAACGCCCUGUGGAAGCACUACGACGAGUCUGUUGACGAAAGCUUCCUCAUUGCACACCAGCAAAUGCACGUAUCCAUCCUGUCGAUUGGCAGUUUUGCCGGCCGUCUUCUCAGUGGCGUCGGCUCCGACUUUUUGGUGAAGAAGAUGCACGCCAGCCGGGUCUGGUGUCUCGUCAUCGCGGCCACGAUCUUUGUCGCCGCGCAGCUCUUCGCCAUCAACAUUACCAACCCGCAUUUCCUCGGCCUUGUCUCGAGUCUGUCCGGUCUCGGCUACGGCUUCUUGUUCGGCGUCUUUCCAUCCAUUGUCGCCGAGGCCUUUGGCAUCCACGGCCUCUCCCAGAACUGGGGCUUCAUGACCCUGUCGCCCGUUGUUUCUGGCAACAUCUUCAACCUGUUCUACGGCCUCGUGUUUGACGCCCACUCGGUUGUCGAGCCGUCGGGCGAGCGGUCCUGCGACGACGGCCUCGCCUGCUACCGUGCAGCGUACUUUGUGACGCUGGCGGCCUGCGGGCUCGGCCUCGCGGUGACGCUGUUUGUGAUUCGUCACCAGCAGAAGCAGCGCGAGAAGGAGGCCGGCAAGCGCAGUCUCGAAGACUAA